AUGACUGUUCUGAUCGCUUACGCGGCAACGUGUGCCUUGCUGGCGCUUGCUCACCAGCUCCAUAGUCGUCGUGGACUGGCGAUCUACCUUCCGAUGUUCAGGUUCACCACCACAGACGCCAACGUAUUCAACGACUCCUCGCUCGACCAAGAUGUACCAGAUGGCUGCGACGAGAAGGAAGUUAGCCGCGUGACUCGCCUGCUGACCAGCAGCUUGAACAUGACAGUGGACCCCUGCAAAGACUUCCACUCAUACGUCUGCAGCGGAUUCAAGGGAAUCGUACAAACAUCUUUGCUCGACGACAUGGAAACGAACGUGACCACGUCCAUCUCGAGCUUCUUCCACCACAUAACUCGUGGCGUCGAGAGGUCGUCUCUGCCAGAGGCUCUGAAGAAGGCUGUGGAAUUUUACGCGAGUUGCGUGAAGCCCGUUCACACGAAUGGACGGACCCACGCAUUGGCGUCUUUCUUCAAGGAGCAGGAUUUUUCGUUCCACACCAAGAUCAUCGGCUUCCUGGAAACGACACUAGAGCUUCAGUUGAGGUUGGGCCUCCAGAUCUUCUUCACACUUGUGAUGGACCCUUAUCCGCGAUUUCAGGAAACUGCUCGCUACGUCUACCUCCGCUCCAGUCGUAUUUUUGAAGAAUGGAAGCGGGCGAGGAAAGUUUUGCUCAGGAGCGGCUCGUACGCCAGGUACGCUAGCGCGGUCAUUUUGGCCACGGGAUUCGACGAGAAGGGCACCUCCGACCUUAUUCGUAGAGUAUGGUACGUCGAGUCCAAACUCAUGAGCCGCUCGAUCAAGCCGAAAAGUGUGCUUAACGGGAAAAAGCUUGUGGCCAAGUGGAAGGAACUGCUUCACCAGUACUCCCGAGGAGCCUUGAUGGGAACGUACCAACUUAGCUUGCAGUCCAGGCCAUCCGUGUUCUUCCACCAAAUGAUGUUCAAGGCCAACGACGCGGAACAAUCACUGUACCUAACCUGGGAAGUGGCGCGGCACCUGGUCAGCGCGAGCGGCUUCGCUGAAUUGGGAAGCAACUCCGAUCGGCGGGCUUACUGCUUCGACACGACGUACGCAUUCUACGGUCCCGCGAUUUCCGCUGCUCUCUUGUUCCCGUUCGUCAACAACAGCAGGCUAGAGCAGGUCCGAAGAAUGGUCAGAACAUUGGCGAGCGAAGUCUACGAGAGCAUUGAGGACUCGGAUUGGGUGCUGCCCGAGACGAAGGCGAAGUUGGCCACGAAGCUCCGGCUCGUAACAUGGAAACUCGGCUACGAUCGGAACCUGGGAAACUGGUCCGGCCUUAGCCACUACUAUGAAAACUACCCCAUCGCAUCGGGAAUAUUCUUGACGGACUUCGUCAACACGAAUGCAGCGCACGUUUUAAAGUUCUUCGAACUUAAGCGUCAUCUCCGAGAACUGGACUUCAGCUUCAAAAGCGACGUCGUAGGCGCGUUCUACGAGGGCCCCAACGUCCUCGUAAUCCCUGCCGCUUCCAUGCUAAGUCCGCUGUUCAACUACGGUGCCUCGCCGGCGAUCAAUUAUGGCUUCUUGGGCAGCGUCAUCAUGCAAAACUUAAUGCGCGCUUUUGGUCAUAACAAUAUGCUGACCGACGGCUUUGGCUCUCCUAUAAGUUGGUUUCCAGAAGAGCGCGCAGAUUUCGAGGACCGGUACCAGUGCGACCGCACGUCGGAAGUACGGGACAGUGAGGUUGAUCCACUGGCUGGCGUAUCAGUCGGCGCGCAGGCGUUCUUUCGGGCCUACAAGAGGGCAUCCGCUGCUCGGGGCAAUCGCAGCUGCGCAUUGCCGGGUCUCGAGGGGCUCACCAGUGACCAAGUGUUCUUCGUCAGCCGCUGCCUGCUCCGCUGCCAAGACGUGCAGGACACCACGGACGGCAUCCACUUGGAGGACCACACUUGCAACCUUAUGGCGAAGCACUCAGCCGAGUUCGCCAACGCAUUUAAUUGUCCGAUUGACCAUAGCAACGUAUUGUGUGACGUGUGGUAG